UCCCGGGAGCAGGAGGUUAACACUCCUUGUGUUUCAUAUGUUUUGGAUCUCAGAAAAAAAGAGUCUGAAAUUUCAUUCUAGGACCAUUUCCAACGGCUGCCAGUUAAAGAGGUAGAUGCUAUCUAAUGACGGGACCACUUCCAGACUAUAAACUACAAGCCUCCUAGCCCCGACCUGGCUGAUAUAGAUCAGAUGGUGUCUGGAUAGAAGCUGCCCCAGUUCUGGGUCCAUGAUGUAUGCACCAGCUCAGUUUACAAAAGCUGAUGAUUACCCUCCAGUUGAAUUUCAAAGAAGACAGCAAUUUUGGGACCCUAUUCGGCUAGCCCUUUUCAUAUUGGUAAUUGUAGCAAUCAUAGGAAUUACGAUUGGUAUUGUUAGUCAUUACGUUGUUGAGGAUGACAAGUCAUUUUAUUACCUUGUCUCUUUUCAAGUCACAAACGUAAAAUACAGAGAAAAUUAUGGAAUAAAAACCUCAAAAGAAUUUACACAAAGGAGUCAUCAGAUUGAGAGAGUGAUGUCUAGGAUAUUUCGACGUUCUUCUGGAGCAGGUCGGUUUAUCAAAUCUCAUGUCAUCAAAAUAAGUCCAGAUGAAAAUGGUGUGAACAUUCUUAUGGUGCUCAUGUUUCGAUACCCAUCUACUAGUAGUACGGAAUACAUCAGGAAAAGAAUUGAGAAGAUUAUAUAUCAAAGUAUGAAGACAAAAGAUAUGCCUUUGACUAUAAACAAACCAUCAGUUACACUCACAUCUAUUGACAACAAAAAGAUGAGGAAUCUUCUCAAUAGCCGCUGUGGAAUAAGGAUGACAUCUUCAAACAUGCCGUUACCAGCAUACACUUCUACGGAAAGAAUUGUCCAAGGAAGGGAAACAGCUAUGGAAGGGGAAUGGCCAUGGCAAGCCAGCCUCCAGCUCAAAGGGGCAGGCCAUCAGUGUGGAGCCAGCCUCAUCAGUAACACGUGGCUGCUCACAGCUGCUCACUGCUUCCGCAAAAAUAGAGACCCACAUCAAUGGAUUGCUACUUUUGGUACAACUAUUAAGCCACCCGCAGUGGAACGAAAUGUGGGGAAAAUCAUCCUUCAUGAAAAUUACCAUAAAGAAACAAAUGAAAAUGACAUUGCCUUGGCUCAGCUUACCACCCGAGUUGAGUUUUCAAAUGUAGUCCAGAGAGUUUGCCUCCCAGAUUCAUCUAUAAAGUUGCCACCUAAAACAAGUGUAUUUGUCACAGGGUUUGGAUCCAUAGUAGAUGAUGGACCCACACAAAAUAAACUUCGGCAAGCCAGGGUGGAAACCAUAAGCAGUAAUGUAUGUAACAGAAAGGAUGUGUAUGAUGGUAUGAUCACUUCAGGAAUGUUAUGUGCUGGAUUCAUGGAAGGAAAAGUAGAUGCAUGUAAAGGUGAUUCUGGUGGGCCUCUGGUUUAUGAUAAUCAUGACAUCUGGUACCUUAUUGGUAUAGUAAGUUGGGGACAAUCAUGUGCUCUUCCGAAAAAACCUGGGGUCUACACGAGAGUGACUCAGUAUCGAAACUGGAUUGCCUCAAAGACUGGUAUCUAGUGUGAAUUGUCCUUGAAUUACAUCCAUGGCACACAAAGCUGAAACUCCUGCAUAUUGUAUAUUAUUUAUAUUCAUGUGGUUUGGAUCAGUGCUUUUGCUGGGGGUCUCAGACCAAUCCUUUGUGACUGUACUCUCUACUCUAAGGGAAGAAGACACAGCAAAUGACAGGUAGCACUGAUUCUUUGCUCACAAGGGAAACUAUGUUACUUAUUAACAAGAUGAAUACUUAUAAAUGGUUUUCCUCAAUGGAAGAUGAGGACCAUCAUUUUCUACCGGAUAUGAAGAGCUUCCAGGGCUGCCAAAAUCUUACCUCAUAUAACACCUGGAGGACUUGGGAUUCUUCUAGCAAAGCAAGUCAAACAACAGAAUUCCCUGAGGACUCAGGGCUUCAAUAUUCUGGCACUGAUGAUUGGAUUCUCAAUGGCCGGAAUGGAGAAGCAGGAUUUGCAAUAUAACUUGAACUCUAACCUGGGUUUAUAAAUUACAAUAGAGAAUUAUCAUUAACCACAAGAGUUGUCAUUUAAAAAAUGUUAAAAGGUAUCUGAACUUGCUGUUAACAUUAUUUUAAAGACAAAAACACUAACUUCAGGAAUGCAUAUUAUAUUGUUAAUAAGCAAUUCUGAUUUAUUUUUUAACAGCAUCAUCAGUCAACAUUAGGCCAGAAAGGAGAAUAAAAUAGACUCUUGAGAACAUUUUCCCAUCAAUACAGGAAGAUAAAAAGAACUGAUGCAACCUAGGCUAGCAGAAUUGGUUUCAAAUUGUUCAUAAUAGGACAAACACUCCAGAUUUUUUAUGGAAUGAACUAUCCCCUUAUUUAUUUAGAAAUAUCUACAUCAAUGUAUUGUAACUGAUGCUCUUAUAAGUCUUCAGCCAUAGGAUAAGUCAUAUGUCCAUCAGCAUGUCAAGUUGAGAGAGUUGAUUUGUGCGAAGCCCUUAGGACAGUGCCUGGUAUAUAUAUCAUGCACUAUAAAAAUGUUUGCUAUAAUAGAAGGGAAUACUUCUCUGAGUUUUAAGAUAAAUGAACCUAAGUUGUCAAAUGAGUAAAUGACUUUGAGGCUUAAAUCAGCCCAAAAUCUAAUGGGGGAGAGCAUAGGCUUUGGAAUUAGGCUGCCUGAGCUUGAAUAUUGGCUGUGCCUCAUAUGAGCUGUUUUUCAUUAUACAGGUUUCUUAACAUCAUUGUGCAUUAGCACUCUCAUCUUUAUGGUGGGAGUAAAAAUGGUGCUUAAUCAUAUGAUUGUUAUGAGAAUUAAAUGCACUACUCUGAGUAAAGAACACUCUCGGAAUAGUAUCUGCACACAGUAGGCCAAUGAUAUGGACUGCUAUGAAUUAGUGUGCCUUGGGCUCAAUAAAACAAUAUACUUUUAAAAACCUGUCCCUUGCUUCUUUAAAGUCAUGUAAUCAAUUUCGGAAUACUUUAAAUCACAUUGUAAAAAAUUCGGUGAUGCUAGAUUUUCAAAAAUGCUCUUUAUGUCUAAUAUAUUUUAAACUCUGUCUACAAGCAGACAUCGUUCAAAAUAUAGGAUGCAUAGCCACCUGGCUUCUGGGUCAUGAUGACAGUGAUGCAGCUGCAUUCGUUUUCAGGCCGCGAUGCAAGAACUCAAGUGCUACAUGUGCUGCCCUGAUUUAUCAGGGGAACAUUCAGCCUCUCUGUUUCUUUAAUGACUGAAAGUUUUGUUAAUUUAUGUGUAUGUGUUUAUAUGUAAUAUAUGUAAACAAGGUGCUUCUAACUGAAAAAAAUUUCAUAGUUAUUUAUGCCUUGAUAUUAAGAUAUAUCAUGAACAGAAAAGGAUUAUCCGUAGAUGCUUUUCUUUUAAAAAGAAACUGAUACCAAGUUUCUGAGUUGAUGACUACUAAUAACUAAAUAUCAAUAGAAAAAGCAAAGUGAAAACUUAAAUCUUUACACUUCUUUCUAUACGUAGAGAAACACCCAGAGUUUCCUGGAGAAUAUCUAGCAUAUUCAUACUUUUUUAUAUUAAUGCUAAACACAGCCUUUGGUAGAAACAGGAAAACAAAUCUGCCUAUAGAAAGAAUUAUUUUCUACUAUUAAUAUGUAAGUUCUGCUACAAUGGAUAUAUGCUGUUGUGUAACUAUAUUUAUAUUUCAGAAGACUGUGAUAACUUUUUGCAUAUGUGUCUGUGAAACUAUAUAUACUGAUUUAAAUAAUUGUAUAUUCAAUUCAAUUCAAUGACAUUUUGACACAAAUGAGAGGAAUAAAUCCAAAAAUCCACAAAAAAACUUAAGAAAGAGAAAAGUGAAUUUUAAAACAGAAUGUAUAUGUAUAUUUCUAGUUUGACUAAGCCUGACCUAUUGUAUGGUGUUAUAGUAAUUACACAAUAAUAGCUUUUUCUCAGGUUUUCCAUCUACCAAAUGGGACAUACAUUAAGCUAGCUACCUCUUGGCAUUAUUGUAAGGCUUUCCUGUUGAAUAAUAAAGUUGAAAAGUCAAAGAA